AUGGCUUCUGAAGCCGUCCCCAAUCAAGUCAACAUCUACCUUUCCUUCUAUGACGCUAGCGGUCAGCAAAGUCGCCUUGAACAGCUUACCACAGGCACCGUUGCCUCCCCAGUCUGCCACUUUCUCGCUAAUGAGGAGACUGACGAAUCCUUGUUUGUGACCGGGGACAAAGAUAGUCUUCACUCACACGCGUGUAUAAAUGUUUAUGCUAGCACAGCUACACUUUGUCUCUUCGAAGACAAUCCCGAAGGAAGCUGGGUUUUGCCACCAAGAUGGAACCCUGGUACCUCUAACUUUCUCGAUCGAACUCCUGUCAUGCGCUCCAGCCACGAACAACAAAUUGCUAUUCAAUUACGGCCAGGGGAUCAAAUACUGUCUAAGGGUGGGCGUUGGUCCAUUGACUUCUUCGCAAGGCCUGCAACGCCAAAUAUCGUCUCCCCCAUCGAGAGGAGAGAUAGCCGUGACGACCAUGACCAGGUUCAGGCUACAGAGCAUCCCUUUAACUCGUCGGUGGAACGAUCGUCUGCUUUCUCACCAACAGCCUUUUCUCCUGAGUGCCUUCAUCGUCUUGUUGAACUGAAUGAGCCCAGCAGGUCCAUGACAUGGGCAAAACUCGCUUACAGCAAUGCUGAGGAUCAUGCUGUUCGUCAGAUCUCCCUUUGGCAACAUUACAAGAGCACUUUUGAGACAUACGGCUCCCUCGUCUCACCAAUGGUCCUUCUUAAGGCUGUUACAUAUGAGUUUCCAUCAGUGACAAUAAUGAAGGAAUUCAAUGGGGUGAAGUACGUUCUGAAAGGCAUUCGUCUGAGAGAGAAUCAGUCCCCAUUCUCUUCCAUCACAGACGAAGACCGAACCGAAGUCACCACAUGUCCUCGUCUGACAGAAGUCCCAUUGGAUGCAGGAGCUUUGUCGCCUGAUGUGAUGGAAGGUACAGAAACGCCGACCUGGAAGGUAAUGGAGGACUCACAGGGAGGACUUCCUCCCCAUGCAGCUGAGAAGAAUGUCUAUGGAGAGUGCAUACUUCGCAGGUCACACGUACCUGAGCCACUUCCACCAAUGCCGACAAACUCUACUGGACAAAGUAAGCAUGUAGAAGCUACUUCACCUCCGUCAAGCCACCAAAUGCAGCUUGCUGAAGCACAAAACAUGCGCAGUCCAGUAUUGAACGAAUCAGACGCAAGCCAGUCGCUGUUCGUUGAACACACAUCUAGCCCUCAUCAAAUUUUGUCCUUAUCUAGCUCCUGCAUAGAGACGGUCUCAAACGAUCCACAACUACGGAGUUCCACAGCCUCCACUGAUGUUACCUUGGUAGAUCUCGGAGAAGUAGCUGUGUUGACGAAGGGUGAGGAAGGUCACAGUGAGUGUUGUAAUGUUUCACGCACAGAGGAGUCACCUGUGCCUGAAGACGAAAUUUCAGCACAGCUUCGUCAGUCACAAGUCAAGAGGACCAGACAGGGUUCCUCGCGUUCUCCCGUGCCCGGGAAGAGGACUAAAAUUGACGAUGAGCAAAGCUUGGCAACAGUGAACAUGGAUGGUGAUAUCAUCAUAGAGCAAGAUUUAGAGCUAGAUGAAGACACGAUUGUGGUCGAAUGCGGACCCAUCACUCAAAUAAACUCUCAGCCUGACGCCAUCCCUCAGUCCCUUAGCCGAGGCAAAGAGAUCUCGAUGUCAACAAAAGAUCCGAUCGACUUAUCAUCGUCUUCAAUUUCAAAGAAGCACCAAGAAUCAUCGCUACCGACCGAUAACACGGCAAGAACAGCCACGUCCCAUUUCUCGAAGCAAUACUCUGGUGAAUCUCCAUGCGUCCUGUUCUCAAGUACCACCGAGAUUGAUUCCAGGAAGAACAUUAUGGCUUUUCUACGUGAGUGUGGUGGCAAAUCAGUCAACAGGAUAACCUCAGCCAACAUGCUAUGUGUUGGGAGCAAUCAGCCACUCAAGAAGUCCGCUAAUCUGGUGCUGGCGGUCUGUAUGGGUCUAGACAUCGUCACCGAUAAGUGGCUUGUCGAAAGCCAGCGAAAAGGCUUUCUCUUAGAUGCACACCACUACCUUCCCAGAGACGCACAACGCGAACGCCAGUGGGGGUUUAAACUAUCUGAAGCUGUCGCCAGGGGUAAGUUGCGUGGUGGAAUGACCGGCUUGCUGGGUGGUAUCGAUGUCUACUUUACCCAUGGACUGAAGUCUCUGCUUGCGCACAACUUCCGAGACUUUACCGCUGUGGCUACCUGCUUGGGAGCGGACGCGGUCAAGAACGGGCUACCUAAUAGAAAAGAACUUAGAAAGGAGUUUCUGAUCCUUGGCACUGCGGACGACCCUCAGACUCUGCAGGCAUCACACAUGGGACUUGAAGUCUGGAGCAAGGAUCUGCUAGUGAUGGGUGCUUUGCGGGGUACUAUCCAACGCGUUGAUGAGUUCAACGUUGCAAAGCCCAUGAAGCAAGAAAGCGACAUGUCUGAGGAGGAGCUGUAG